GGAAAACGAUAAACCCUAAACACUAACAGAACACGAACACGAAGAACCAAAUACCACUACCGUUAUAUAUAAAAUCUCAGAAAGCUCUGAAGCUGGGACUGAAUUUGUGAAAUUCAAGGUUCUUGGAUGCCAUGGCUCGUUUUCGUAAUAAGAAGAAGAAGGUGUUUGUGAAGCCGGUUGUGAAGAAGAAUCAACCUAGUGUGGAUCAUAUCACAGGAAAUAAGAUUCCAAAAAGCUUUGUGUUUUCUAGAGGGAAGUUACCUGGUCCUCUUAGGCAACUUCAAAUGGACUUGAGAAAGUUGAUGCUUCCCUAUACUGCUCUCAAUCUUAAGGAGAAGAAACGGAAUAGUCUCAAAGACUUCUUGAAUGUUGCUGGGCCUAUGGGUGUAACACAUUUCCUCAUAUUGUCAAAAACUGCAACUGCACCCUACCUGAGGGUUGGAAGGACUCCACAAGGCCCAACACUUACAUUUAAAAUAAACGAAUACUCGUUGGCAGUUGAUGUUGCACAAUCUCAAUUGCGUCCUAGAUGUCCUCAAGAUCUUUUCCAAAAUCCUCCUCUGAUUGUUCUUUCUGGUUUUGGGUCUGGUGAUCAACAUUUAAAGCUCACUACCAUAAUGUUUCAGAAUAUCUUUCCUGCCAUUGAUAUAAACACAGUCAAACUUUCCUCUUGCCAGAGAAUUGUAUUGCUUAAUUACAACAAAGAUACAAAGCUUAUUGAUUUUCGGCAUUAUUCCAUAAGAUUACAGCCUGUGGGUGUCUCCCGUAGAAUUAGAAAAAUUGUGCAGAACCAUCAAGUUCCUGAUUUAAGAAAUCUUCAAGAUGUGAGUGACUUUGUCACAAAGGCUGGGUAUGGAUCAGAAAGUGAAGCAGACGAUGAAGCAGCAACUGUUACUUUGGCUAGUGAUCUUGGUAGAAUUAACAAGGCCUCGACAAAAAGUGCUGUCAAGCUUCAAGAGAUUGGACCCAGAAUGACUCUUCAACUCAUCAAGAUUGAGGAAGGAUUAUGUUCUGGUGGAGUCAUCUUCAGCGAAUAUGGAAAUGGUGAUGGCAAGAAAAAGCCGGAAAAGGAAGAUACUAAAAAACAGAAAGACACAGAUGAAGACGAGGAAGACAUGAAUGAAGACCAGGAAAAUAUUGAAGAAGAUCUGGAAGAUGAUGAGGAAGACUAGCUACUGGCCACUGAAGUGGAUAGCACUCUUUUUGAUAUCUGAUGCCUCGCUCAUCCAUCAAAGGAAAUCUUGUAUUUACAUCAACAGGGAAACACUACAAGGUUCUCACUGGAGAGAGAGAGAGAGAGAGAGAUCUCCUUAUUAAAGAUUUGGGUGGCACUGUUGCGGUGUUGCCCACAAUCUUAAAUAUUAUGUUCUUGUUUUGUUUUGUUUUUUUUUAAAAAAAAAACAUUAAUUGGGUUCAAUAAAAAAAUCUUUUGGUC